AUGUCACUUCCACAAGCCAGCGUCGACCUGCAGGCGCCCGAGGCCAGCCUUAGUCUUGAAGGAGAAGCCAAAGUCCCAGAGAAGGAGGUCACCAAGACCAAGGACGGCAAGUUCAAGAUGCCCAAGUUCGCAUGCCUCCUUUGGCUGGUCCAGCAGCAGAGAGCCAAGGCACCGUGCGCCGAGGUGGACGUCAGCGUCCCGGAGCCUCAGGUGACGGGCCUUCCGGACCGCGAAGUGGAGGUGACCCUGCCCGCGGCCGAUAUCCAAGCGCCCGGUGUGGAGGUGACCGUGGAGACGGGCACGUACAGCAGAGGUGAGAAAGGCCGAUUCAAGAUGCCCGUCAAGAUGCCCAGCGUCAAGCUGCCCAAAGUCAAAGGUCCAGCACAGGUCAGCCUGCCCAAGGCCGAGGUCUCGCUGCCCAAAGGCCUGGAGGGCGAAGUCGCCCUGCAGCCCCGAGCCGAAGCCAGCCUGGAGGUGGCCGCUGGCAAAGCGGAGGGCGGCGGCAUGAAAAUACACAUGCCCAAAGUCAAGGUGCCCAGCGUGGUCUUCUCCAAGCCCACCAUCAAGUCUCCCAAACUGGAGGCAGACGUCAGCCUCCCGCCAGAGCUCAAGGCCACCGACAUCACCGUCACGCCCCCGAUGUCAAGCUGCCCUCCGUUGAAGGCCCCUCGAGCUCCAGCGCCCGACGUAGAUGUCAAAGCUCCCUCCGCGAGGCAGCCUGGAAGAGGCCUGAAAGGCAAGCUCAAGAUGCCCAAAUUUGACAAGCCCAAAUUCACAGUCUCCUCCCCCAACCGAGGGCCCACAGCUGAGGUCAGCCUGCCCAGCGCUGAGGUUGAGCUGCCGUCCGCCACCGUCACGGCCUCAGCCGAGGGCGCUGGCGUGAAGCGGAGAAGCCCUCCCUCAGAUGCCCAAGCUGACAUCAAAGCUCCCAAGGUGGACGUACGGCCCUCCGUCGAUGUCACUCCACAAGCCAGCGUCGACCUGCAGGCGCCCGCCAGCCUUAGUCUUGAAGGAGAAGCCAAAGUCCCAGAGAAGGAGGUCACCAAGACCAAGGACGGCAAGUUCAAGAUGCCCAAGUUCGGCAUGCCUUCCUUUGGCUGGUCCAGCAGCAGAGAGGCCAAGGGCACCGUGGCCGCCGAGGUGGACGUCAGCGUCCCGGAGCCUCAGGUGACGGUGCCUUCCGGAACCGCCGAAGUGGAGGUGACCCUGCCCGCGGCCGAUAUCCAAGCGCCCGGUGUGGAGGUGACCGUGGAGACGGGCACGGUAGCAGCAGAGGGUGAGAAAGGCCGAUUCAAGAUGCCCGACGUCAAGAUGCCCAGCGUCAAGCUGCCCAAAGUCAAAGGUCCCCAGGCACAGGUCAGCCUGCCCAAGGCCGAGGUCUCGCUGCCCAAAGGCCUGGAGGGCGAAGUCGCCCUGCAGGGCCCCGAGGCCGAAGCCAGCCUGGAGGUGGCCGCUGGCAAAGCGGAGGGCGGCGGCAUGAAAAUACACAUGCCCAAAGUCAAGGUGCCCAGCGUGGUCUUCUCCAAGCCCACCAUCAAGUCUCCCAAACUGGAGGCAGACGUCAGCCUCCCGCAGGCAGAGCUCAAGGCCACCGACAUCACCGUCACGGCCCCCGAUGUCAAGCUGCCCUCCGUUGAAGGCUCCCUCGAGCUCCAGGCGCCCGACGUAGAUGUCAAAGCUCCCUCCGCCGAGGGCAAGCUGGAGCUGAAAGGCAAGCUCAAGAUGCCCAAAUUUGACAAGCCCAAAUUCACAGUCUCCAUCCCCAAGGCCGAGGUGCCCACAGCCGAGGUCAGCCUGCCCAGCGCUGAGGUUGAGCUGCCGUCCGCCACCGUCACGGCCUCAGCCGAGGGCGCUGGCGUGAAGCUGGAGAAGCCCUCCCUCAAGAUGCCCAAAGCUGACAUCAAAGCUCCCAAGGUGGACGUCACUCUGCCCUCCGUCGAUGUCACUCUUCCACAAGCCAGCGUCGACCUGCAGGCGCCCGAGGCCAGCCUUAGUCUUGAAGGAGAAGCCAAAGUCCCAGAGAAGGAGGUCACCAAGACCAAGGACGGCAAGUUCAAGAUGCCCAAGUUCGGCAUGCCUUCCUUUGGCUGGUCCAGCAGCAGAGAGGCCAAGGGCACCGUGGCCGCCGAGGUGGACGUCAGCGUCCCGGAGCCUCAGGUGACGGUGCCUUCCGGAACCGCCGAAGUGGAGGUGACCCUGCCCGCGGCCGAUAUCCAAGCGCCCGGUGUGGAGGUGACCGUGGAGACGGGCACGGUAGCAGCAGAGGGUGAGAAAGGCCGAUUCAAGAUGCCCGACGUCAAGAUGCCCAGCGUCAAGCUGCCCAAAGUCAAAGGUCCCCAGGCACAGGUCAGCCUGCCCAAGGCCGAGGUCUCGCUGCCCAAAGGCCUGGAGGGCGAAGUCGCCCUGCAGGGCCCCGAGGCCGAAGCCAGCCUGGAGGUGGCCGCUGGCAAAGCGGAGGGCGGCGGCAUGAAAAUACACAUGCCCAAAGUCAAGGUGCCCAGCGUGGUCUUCUCCAAGCCCACCAUCAAGUCUCCCAAACUGGAGGCAGACGUCAGCCUCCCGCAGGCAGAGCUCAAGGCCACCGACAUCACCGUCACGGCCCCCGAUGUCAAGCUGCCCUCCGUUGAAGGCUCCCUCGAGCUCCAGGCGCCCGACGUAGAUGUCAAAGCUCCCUCCGCCGAGGGCAAGCUGGAGCUGGAAGGCACGGGCCUGAAAGGCAAGCUCAAGAUGCCCAAAUUUGACAAGCCCAAAUUCACAGUCUCCUCCCCCAAGGCCGAGGUGCCCACAGCUGAGGUCAGCCUGCCCAGCGCUGAGGUUGAGCUGCCGUCCGCCACCGUCACGGCCUCAGCCGAGGGCGCUGGCGUGAAGCUGGAGAAGCCCUCCCUCAAGAUGCCCAAAGCUGACAUCAAAGCUCCCAAGGUGGACGUCACUCUGCCCUCCGUCGAUGUCACUCUUCCACAGGCCAGCGUCGACCUGCAGGCGCCUGAGGCCAGCCUUAGUCUUGAAGGAGAAGCCAGAGUCCCAGAGAAGGAGGUCACCAAGACCAAGGACGGCAAGUUCAAGAUGCCCAAGUUCGGCAUGCCUUCCUUUGGCUGGUCCAGCAGCAGAGAGGCCAAGGGCACCGUGGCCGCCGAGGUGGACGUCAGCGUCCCGGAGCCUCAGGUGACGGUGCCUUCCGGAACCGCCGAAGUGGAGGUGACCCUGCCCGCGGCCGAUAUCCAAGCGCCCGGUGUGGAGGUGACCGUGGAGACGGGCACGGUAGCAGCAGAGGGUGAGAAAGGCCGAUUCAAGAUGCCCGACGUCAAGAUGCCCAGCGUCAAGCUGCCCAAAGUCAAAGGUCCCCAGGCACAGGUCAGCCUGCCCAAGGCCGAGGUCUCGCUGCCCAAAGGCCUGGAGGGCGAAGUCGCCCUGCAGGGCCCCGAGGCCGAAGCCAGCCUGGAGGUGGCCGCUGGCAAAGCGGAGGGCGGCGGCAUGAAAAUACACAUGCCCAAAGUCAAGGUGCCCAGCGUGGUCUUCUCCAAGCCCACCAUCAAGUCUCCCAAACUGGAGGCAGACGUCAGCCUCCCGCAGGCAGAGCUCAAGGCCACCGACAUCACCGUCACGGCCCCCGAUGUCAAGCUGCCCUCCGUUGAAGGCUCCCUCGAGCUCCAGGCGCCCGACGUAGAUGUCAAAGCUCCCUCCGCCGAGGGCAAGCUGGAGCUGGAAGGCACGGGCCUGAAAGGCAAGCUCAAGAUGCCCAAAUUUGACAAGCCCAAAUUCACAGUCUCCUCCCCCAAGGCCGAGGUGCCCACAGCUGAGGUCAGCCUGCCCAGCGCUGAGGUUGAGCUGCCGUCCGCCACCGUCACGGCCUCAGCCGAGGGCGCUGGCGUGAAGCUGGAGAAGCCCUCCCUCAAGAUGCCCAAAGCUGACAUCAAAGCUCCCAAGGUGGACGUCACUCUGCCCUCCGUCGAUGUCACUCUUCCACAAGCCAGCGUCGACCUGCAGGCGCCCGAGGCCAGCCUUAGUCUUGAAGGAGAAGCCAAAGUCCCAGAGAAGGAGGUCACCAAGACCAAGGACGGCAAGUUCAAGAUGCCCAAGUUCGGCAUGCCUUCCUUUGGCUGGUCCAGCAGCAGAGAGGCCAAGGGCACCGUGGCCGCCGAGGUGGACGUCAGCGUCCCGGAGCCUCAGGUGACGGUGCCUUCUGGAACCGCCGAAGUGGAUGUUACAUUUUCUGAGUCUGAGAUCCAAGCACCAAGCUUUGAUGUUUCCCUAGAUUCUUCUUCUUAUAAAGAGGAGGAAGCUGGUAAAUCUAAAACUUCUCUGUUUAAAAUGCCUAAAAUUUCUCUUUCUAAAACUUUCAAACCUCAUGCACAAAGCCAAUCUGGAUAUGAUGUUUCUGUUUCUGAAACUCUUUGUUAUCCUUCAACUGAGGAAGCGUCUUCUGUUCCUUCUGAGAGUGUUGAACGUAAACAUGUUUCUGAUGUUAAGGGGGUGAGUGCAUCUAAAAGUGCUAAAUUCAGAGUUCCCAGCAUUGGUUUCUCUAAAUCUGAAGUGACUUCAUCUAAAAUUGAUCUGGAGUCCUCAUUACAAAAGGGGGAUAUUACUCUUACUAAAUACCUAAUUAAUUUAACAGAAUCGGAAUCAAAAAUAGCACCUCUUGCUGAUGAAAAUCUUUCAGAUUUUGAAAUUUUAAAUGAAGAUGGUUCUGAGGAGCAAGGAUGUUUAAAGCUAGAGGGCAAAACCACAUCUGCUGAAAUAUCUUUGGUUGACACAGAUGUCACAGUUAAAAUUCCUAAAUUCCGAAAACCAAAAUUCAGAAUUCGAUCUAAGGGAAAAGCAUCUGAAAGUGACAUUGGUUCCAACGUGGAAACUGAAAUUUCCAAGGGAAGGAUAACAUCUGAUAUGACUGGUCCUGAUAUUGAGAAACCAGCUCAAAUAUCUGAUGCCCAUCUUGGUGUAAAGUUGCAUAAGCCUUCACUUGAAGUUGUUCUGGACGCACCAACAAUGGAUCCAAAUCUCUCACCCAUGGAGGUUACCUUGCCAAACUUAGAAGCAGAAAUCCAUGGCCCAGAUUUAGAGGGCAAGGCAGAACAGGAAGUAGUUACAGGAGAAAAGAGCACUGAGGAGAAAGAAAACAAAUUUAAAUCAUCAAAAUUCAAACUGCCUUCAUUUAGGUGGUCCCCAAAGAAAGAAGCUAUUGCUCCUUCUCAUGUUGAGGAACAUCUGGAAGGACCCACUUUGUCUACCUUAUCUGGAGACAUGGAAUCUGAAUUAGCUUUUCCUACUCCUGAGAAUCAAUACCUUCAUGAAGAAUUUGAUACAACAGAAAAAGAUGGUGAAAAGGCCAAAACAAAGAAGUCCCAAUUUACCAUGCCAAAGAUCUCAUUCCCUAAAAUUAAGGGUCCGAAAGUACAGGUCUCUCUGCCUGUAGUGGAAACUGAUGUUUCUGGACCCAAACCAGAAAAAGAAGGUGUUUCUGUUCAGAAAUCUGAAAAAGGAAGUAGUGGAGAAGUUACAGGACUGGGCAUAAAAGUGCCUAAAGUUACAGUCCCAACUUCAGAAUUUUCCAAACCAGAAGCCAAAACUCCCAAAAUAGAGAUGGAUAUUAGCAUUCCUACAGGUGAGGUCAAAGUUCCUACCUGUGAAGGAGAUGAUCUGACACUGAAAUCAGCUGCUGCUAGUGCCAGCCUCCCCACCUCAGAUAUUAAGUUGAUACCUGAAGGUUCACUUGAGGUGAAAAGUCCUGACAUAAGUGUUGAAAGAACAUCAAGUGAAAUUGCUGUGGGUGAUGUAGAGAUAAAAGCUGAAGGUUCUGAAGGGAAAACAAAAAUGUCUAAAUUCCAAAUGCCAAAGGUAGGAAUUACACUUUCUAAAGGGAAAGGGUCAGAAAAGGAUGUUGGCCAAUCCAAAUCAGAAGUCAAGGUUCCCCAACUAAAAGCAACAGUAGAAAUAUCUGACAUUGCUGUUGAAGCACCAGACUUGAAGGUAGAAUGUGGCACAGAAACAAGGACUUACAGUCCUGAAGCCAAAAUUACCAAAACUGACAGUAAGACAUCAGAGGCUGAUGUUCACCUCCCAUCGGCUGACAUUCCUAUUCUAAAAACACAGAGUGAUAUUCAGGAUUCAGAUGCAGCAGUAAAGAUCAAGGGGGAAAUAAAUCAAGAUAGAGAUGGAGAAGAGAAAGAAGGACAUUUCAAAAUGCCCAAAUUCAAACUUCCAUCCUUCAGUUGGUCACCAAAGAAGGAAGCUAGUGUUAAAUCUGAUUCUGAAGCAAAUUUGGAAGACCAAAAGCUUGCUGUCAUGUCAAGCAGAAUAGACACAGAAGUGAAAGAAACUGCAACUGAUGAUCAAGGUAGUGGGCCAGACCUUGAUCUGGAAAUAUCUGCAGGAAAAGUUGAACAAAAAAGUCCAGUUAAAAAGCCUCAAUUUGUCAUGCCUAAAAUUUCACUCUCCAAGAUCAAGGUUCCAAAAUCUCAAAAAGUUGAAGCUGAUGCUACUCUUCCUAAAAGAGAAAUAGAGGGUGAUGAUUCUAUUAAGAUACCUGAUAUAGAAAAAUGUCAUCCUGAAGGGACUGAUGAAGGGGCACAAAUCAACAUAAAACUUGCUGACACUACGGUCCACACUCUGGCGUUUUCCAGAGUAGAAACUGAGGCCUCUAAAACUGAAAUAACAGUCAGCUCAGCAAAGAUUGAUGCUUCUUUGACUCCCUCAGAGGGGAGUUUUCAACAGGUUGACUUAAAAAUAAGUUCUACCAAUGAAUGUAACAUUCAAAAAACAGGUACUAAGCUCCCCAAAGAAGAAGCUUCAGGUGAUUUGAAGAGCGCUGAUGUAUUAACAGAAAGCUCAUCAGUUGUGGAUGGAAGAAAAGUGAAACUGGAAGGUCCUGAAGGGAAGAUUAAAAUGCCCAAAUUCCAGAAGGCAAAGUUUGGAAUCUCCCGAACAAAAGGGAAAGUCCCAGAGACAGAGAUCAGCUCUCCAAAAAUAGAAGCUGAGCUACCCCAGCUAAGAACAACAAAUGAAAUUGCUGACAUUGCUGUGGGAGUUCCAGCAUCAGAACUUAUAUCUGUCAUGUCAGAUUCUGGAGUAGUUGAUGGUAAGAUAAAAACACCCCAAGCUCUGACAGGUGGCAUUGAAGAUGCAAAGGUAGACAUAAGCACCAAACCACAGACAGAAGGGGUUAGUGAGAGUCUUCAGGAGAAGGAAAUCAAAUUAAAAGAACAUGAAAUAAAAGCUGAAGAAGUUCAGACUGAAGAACAUCAAGGAUGGUUUAAAAUGCCCAAAUUCAGAAUACCUGGAUUUGGCAGGUCAUCCUUAAAGGAAAAGAAAAGUGAUGCCGAUAUUGAAAGAAGUAUGGAAAAAGCUCAGGCAACUAUUCCUUCUGCUAAAGUACAAACUGAAACAAGUGCUCCUGAAAAUACCUUCUCAUUACCACACGCAGUUGCUGAAAUUACUAUUGGAAAAGAAGGGAUUCAAAAAUUAGAAGAUUCUGUGAAGAGUUCUAAUAUUAGCUUGCCAAAGAUUGAAGGAGAUAUUUCAUUAUCCACAGAAAGAACAGACAGUAGAGUGAGUAUUCCAAAACCUGAAACUUACGCAGACGUAGUUAAGCGCAGUGCUGAAGGACAUACUUCAGAAAUCACAGUGUCUGCAGCAGAAUUGUCUAAAUCAUACCCAAGCACUUCAGAAACUGACAAAGACAAGAGUUCAACACAUAGGUUUCCUACGUGUACUCUGACGUCUCCAGAGCAUAAAGGCAAAUCACAGGUUAUAAGUGUCCCAAAGGUAGAAAGUUCCAUGAAGUUAGAGACAUCAGGGGUAGGAUGCAAGCCAUCAUCAGCUGAAAUGACUCUGGAUGCAAUACAGAAGAAAAUAGAUGUUAAUCUUCCAAAGGAAGAGCUAGAUAUUCAAAACAAAGAGGCAGCAAUUAAAAAAGGAAAUAUAAAGGGGGAGGUGAAAAUCACAGGAAAAGACAGUGAAGAAAGUCAAUUAAAAAGGACUACGUGUGAAUGGUCUAGAGGAAAAGGCUCAGAAGAUGGUACUUAUGUUACUGCUAAGAUGGAAGAUCUAAAGGUGGAAGUUCCAACAUUGAAGACGGAUGUAAAAAUUACUGGAGUAGAUCCUGAAAUGAAAUUUCGAGUGAAGAGUGUUGAAAAGGAUGUGUCUGCAGGAGUGGAAGUGCAAGUAGAAGACAGAGCAGAAACAAGUACAAUUAAAGCAUACAAGUUUAAGAUUCCAAGGUUUGGAAUGUUGCAUUCUGAAAUCAAGGGGUUUGAAGAUGAUACCAAUUUGCCAAAGUCAGAAGCUGAUUCAGCACCUAAAAGUGAAAGAGGCACAGCAGAAAUGCAGUUACAAAAAAUAGAAGGAUCAAUUGGCCUGAAAAGUCCAGGUCUAGAUUGUAUAGAAACGUCUGCCAGAGUAACAGGGGAAACAGUGGACCAAACACAAGGUGUUCCAGAAGUAAGUGUAAGAAUUCCCAAACUAAAAAUACCAAGAUUCACUUUCAGAACUCCCCCAAUUGAGGCUGAUGUUUUACUGUCAAAAGUAGUAACAGAUCCAAAGGGAUCUAGUACUGACAUUGAAAUAGUGCAACUGCAAGCAAGCUCUGCUAUCCCUGAAGAAACAGCAGGAGCUGUAGAGGCGGGUAUUCAAAAAGCAAAAAGCAAAAUUAUGACACUGACUGAACCUGACAUUAAAACAGCCCAAAUGACAGCUACCAUAGAGUCCUCCCUUUCAAGUGCAGGGCAAGACAUUCAUUGGUCUUACAUAGAGGGCCAAGAAGUAAGUGAAAAAGUGGAACCUGAACAUGUUGCUAUUGAGCGGUGUGAGAUUUACACUACUGAAAUAGUGAAAGAGUCAGAGAUUCUGUCAUCAGAGGUCAAAACUGCUACUUUGGGAUUCUCACUGCUCAAGGCCAAGUUGCCUGAAUCUCACAGUGAUUUAGACGUGCAAGUCCAGCAGCCAUCUCCAACAGGAGAUGCAUCAGUGAGAAAACCGACAGGUGCUGGUGAAAGCUUUGGAGUAGCAGCACAGGGAAAUGGCAGUGCUGAGCUUAAACUAUCUGACAAACCACACCGUGGGUCUGAAGAAUCUAGAGGAAAAGUAAGUCUGUCAAAGUUAAAAACAUCUGCUGCUGAAGUAAAAGGUUCCAGUAAACUUGAUGAGAGUUUUCCUGGUAAAUCACCAGAGGGAAUAACUGAAGCUCCUCUCUCUGAAGAAGAUGUAGUUGAAGCAGUGGAAGGUGAAGAAAAAGACAUAACCAAUGAGAAAGAAAAGACUGAUAGUAAAAGAUCUCCUGGAAGAUUUAAAUUUUGGCUUCCAAGUAUUGGCUUUUCAUCUUCUGGGGAUGAAACAAGCAUAGAUGCAAAAGCAGAAAUAAAAAAAUCAGUUCCAGAAGACGUGAAACCCGCUGACACAUCAGAUGAUUCCUCUAAGCAGGCUGAAAAAGCUGGAUGGUUUAGAUUUCCCAAACUUGGUUUCACAUCUCCUUCCAAAAAGGCUAAGUCUGUUGACAAAGAAGAGGUGGGUCAUAAAGAGGGGACACUCUCAGAUGAAGAUAGCCCAACAGAUAAGCCAGAUGUGUUUUUUGAUGCACAAGAAAGCUUAUCACCUAAGGAAAUAGGAGAAGGUGAAAAAGCUGAAAUUGAUGGCGCCUCAUCUAUUGUGACAUCUUCAGCAAGAACUGAACUAAUCUUGUUGGAGGAAGAAAAAGAUAGUAAAUCUAAUAUUGUUGGAGAUACAGCCAAAUGAAGGUUGUAUUUUCUCAAUCCUCAAUGAAAGCAAAAUCAUCCACAGAAGAGAAUGUUUUCCUAAUUUUCUACUUACUGAAAAUUAAAAGCCAAGGUUGGUAUUCAUGUAAACACUUGAACAAAUUUUCAAGUACAUGGAUGUACUAGAU